CCGUGCCGCCGUUGUACGGGCUCAUGCACAUAGUGUGUGUUGUGGUAAAAUCGCGGCGAUCAAACGUUCUGCGGCAAAGAUGCAAUAUGUUUUGACCACAGCAGACUUCGAAUAGCAUGCUCGCGCACUCUAAAACAACACGGAGGAACAUAAUACAGUAACAUACCGGCCUAACCAUCCCAUCGAGCACAGCAGUGAAGCAUGCAAUGUAUUUAUUCACAAUGGGUUUUGUCGCGCGCGCUGGCCUGCAGUUGCAAAGGCAUAACAAUGUUUGUCAUUAUGCAUGCAGAUGCGUACAGCUGCAUCCCUUAGCUGUUGGGAAAUAUGAGCCAAACGUCAGAGCCUUCAGCUGAUGUUGCUGUGACUGAAGCUCCAGUUUCUCAGUCUGAAACCAAGCAAUCACCAGCAGGGAAGAAACAAAACAAAAAGAAAGCUGAAGAAGUGGUGGAGGAAGAAGAAGAGGAGUAUGUUGUGGAGAAGGUUCUGGAUCGGCGUGUGGUGAAGGGAAAAGUGGAGUAUCUCCUCAAGUGGAAAGGCUUUUCUGACGAGGACAACACAUGGGAACCAGAGGAAAACCUAGACUGUCCUGACCUCAUAGCAGAAUUCCUCCAGUCACAGAAAACGGCUGAAUCUGGAGGCAAGAGGCGGGCAGAGUCAGACGGAGAUGGAAAGGAGACUAAAAAGCGCAAGGAUGAGCCUGAGAAACUCAGAGGUUUUGCACGUGGUUUGGAUCCUGAGAGGAUUAUUGGUGCUACAGACUCAAGUGGAGAACUCAUGUUCCUCAUGAAAUGGAAAAACUCUGAUGAAGCAGAUUUAGUACCAGCCAAGGAGGCGAAUGUUAAGUGUCCACAAGUGGUCAUCUCCUUUUACGAGGAACGCCUCACCUGGCAUUCAUACCCCACUGAAGAGGAAGAGAAGAAGGAUGACAAAAACUAGACAAAAAAAAAAAAAAAACAAGAUGUAAGGGACAGUCAAUAUCAGUCGUGGCCAUUGAUAUGCUUGUUUUGUUCUCCAUUUUUUUUUUUUUUUUUUAAAGAUGGUAAAGGAAAGUUGUCAAACAAAAUUUGUAAAAAAUUGCAAAAGUAUAAACUGUAAUCUGCAUAGGUUUCAGCGUAUUUUAGGUUGGGCACCGUUUCCAUAGAUAAAGCAAAUAGAACACUGCUGUCUCAGUGUGCUUGACAGGUGACUUUGCACAUUUAAUGUACUUUCCAUGCUUUCUAUUGUCAUAUUGUCAUCUAUUUAUCAUAGAUGUGUAGAUUCCAGUGUUCAGUCUAUCAUACUGGGGCGGUUUCAUUUAAUGCUGUAGCGGUCUCACAAAACGUCUUGAUGUAUUCCACAAAUCUUCAUUUUAUGUAUAUAUAACUAAUGUUAAAAUAUUACUGCCUUAACAGAUUAUUAAGAAAAAGAUUUUUUUAUACAUCUGUCAAUGCAGGUGGUCAUUGAACCUAUGACUGUCUCUAGGCCCAUGAUAAAAGAGGUGUAAGAUAUAGGCCUUAUUUGACGUUUGGAACUGGCUUUGAUACGAUUGGUUUUAUAAAGACAUGCCAGCAGCUGUUAAUCUUCAGUGUUUGUUUGCCCGUGAUGUGUCUGGUCUCACCAUAGGUGCUAUUUGUGAGUCAGCCCCAUUGGAUAUUAACAGUCUUUCUUGACAUUUGUGUUUGUAAAUAUGUUUGUCAUUUCCCAGCACAUCAGUAUCACUGUGUACAGUCAGUUGCUUUUGGUUUUUACUUUGAUAUUCUUGUCUUAUUACUGUCACACAACAAAGUAGAAGAACUGUAACAUUUGUUCUCCGGUAGACAUUUCAAGUACUUUAUGUUCUAAGCUUUAACGAUUGUAUGCUAGUUUUGUUUAACCAUGUUAUUAUUGCAUAUUAUCAGAGCAUUUGCCAAUGAAAUACCAUUUUCAAAAAUAAAAACCUUUGUUGUAUUUCUGUCAAAA